GCUCGAUCUCAUCGAACCCUCCAUCAACGCCUGGCCGCCUCGAGAUGAGUGCGGAGGCGUCUACGAGCAAGGGCACGAGUAGCAGCACGAGUUCCCGAUCUGCCUUCGAAAAGGCAGUCAAGCAAGUCAGCGCAUCUGCCCUCACAUCGACAAGGGUCGAAGCUGUCAAAGCACUCGCUGCGAAGCUCAUGAUGGAGGAUGCCCACCUGGUCUCGACAUUGUUCAAGUAUCACAAGAGGGCGGAGGGAGCCUACAAGCUCAACGUCCUCUAUCUGAUCGAUGCUAUCUCUCGUGAUGCUCGGGCAGAAGUCCGCAAUGUGACCAAACACGCAAAAGCGACAUCUCCCGCUCCUCUUGCAGAGCCAGAGAAGCCUCAAGCCGGCGCAAUCUCGCCGACUGAUUCAGAUAUGGCCGUAUCGAUCUCGACGCCUUUGCAGAGCGACAAUGCAGCCAAGACAGAGGAUGGCAAGAGUCUCCGAUCGCAACAGCACGAGGCCGGCGCGGGUUUCCUGAGUAAGAUGGAAGUCUGUCUCGAAAGGAUAUUCAAAAACACGCUCGAUGCCACCCCGAGCGCGAGAGACAAAGCCGCCAAGGUAAUAGCGCUGUGGCGACGAUCAAGCACGUACGGCAAGACUAUGCUGGCGAAACUCGAUGCUAUCGUCGCUGCAGUUGACGCGACUGCUACAGCGCGCAACACGGGUGUGUCGACGAGCACCGAGGCAAGUACCAGCACCAGCAAGACAUCUUCAUCUAGGCCUCCGGCAUCUUUAGAGGCAGAUGCGGCAAGAUCAGCGCCGUCCGUCAAGCCAGCAUCAGUGCCACCGCUUCCCAUUGCAAAGACGAACGGUAAAUCGAAACAGGAGCAGCCUACGCCGCAACCCUCGAUUGUCACUCAGGUCCUGCAGAACAAGCAAGACACAGCCCUGCGGCCUGCUGCUGCGAUAGGCGACAUGUCAACUGAUCUGGCAGCUAUCAUCGCUCGCGCAUCUGGUCAGCCUGUUGCAGCACCUCCUCUGCCGGAGUUUUCACGCGCCACAGCCCCCACUGCCGCUGCUGCCGUCCCAGAGCCUAGCGCGCCAUUGCCAGACUUCCUCAGGCAAUUCGCGUCUGCAUCCAAUGAAACUCGACCGGCAAUCACGAGCGAGCUGCAUAGCACACCGCCCUAUCGGUCAAGUCCAGCAGUAUACAAUCCGCCUGCUCCGCACCAGCAGACGCCUCAACAAACCCGUAGACCAAGCGCUCCUUAUGCGCGCGAGUCUACACCGCAAGGCCUGCCGCAAAGGGUUCCAACCCCGUCGGUGCCGAUGAGUUCUGAGCGCAAAAGGUCACUGUCGCCUGUUAUAGAUGUUCAAGGCAAGCGACCGAGAACAAGCACGCCAUUAGAUCCUAUGAAGGUGUAUGCUCAGUUUAACGCGCUCGAGCCAGACUCGUGGGCGCUGUUCGGGGAAUUGUGGGAACAGUGCAAUGGUGCACCGCCCACGAACGAAGGCAUCAUUCACAUGGUCAUGACUGCCAUGGCUUCUGCUCAGGCUGCCUUUGCAGCUUCGCAGCAGAUGACUGGCGCGGGUCCUGAGGCCUAACAUUGCUAUGUCCGCCGAUGCGCAGGCUCACGAUGGACGACGAUGAUGUUACCCACAAUGCAAAGAGUCAUGCUAUUCUA